AUGAACACACAACUAAAAAUAUUACAAUUCAAGUAUGAAAUAGGACAACCAAGUCAGUUUUAUUUUUUGAUUGCAUCAGGUAAAGAAUUGUAUUUCACAAAUACAUUGAAACUUUAACAUGGACUCAAUGACUUUAGAGAUAAAUUCAAUAUUACAAUCUCAUAAUUCAUUGAUUUCUAACUAUGGGAUUAUUGGGGAGAUCCUAUAAUGAAAGGAAUGGGAAGACUUGAUAUUUAAAAGGUUCUUAAAGAACGUAAGGAUAUGCAUAUAAUAUAAAUCUGGAAUGAUGUUAAAGUGGGUGAGCUAAUGAUUUAACUUAUUUUUGAAGAAGAAAUGUUAUCUCUUUAGUCAUCAUUAAAAGAAAAAUCAUCAUUUGGUCUAUAACCAAGUUUUUUGAGUUAACAAGGAGCUUCCUUUUAUGACAAUUAUCUAACAGAUAAGCCUUUAGUGUAUAUGUCAGCUUCACGUGGUACUCAAUAUAGACCUACUCAGUCCCCUGCAUUAUAGAUAAAAAAAUGAUU